AUGGCCAUUCCAAGUGCUCCGCUCGUCGCCGUUCUUGGCUGCCUCUACCUCUGCAGCGCUGUUCUGGCAGCACGUGAGCUGGGCGACGACGACGCGGCCAUGGCGGCGAGGCACGAGAGGUGGAUGGCGCAGUACGGGCGCGUCUACAAGGACGCCGCCGAGAAGGCGCGCCGGUUCGAGGUGUUCAAGGCCAACGUCGCGUUCAUCGAGUCGUUCAAUGGCGGCGGCGGCCGCAAGUUCUGGCUUGGCGUCAACCAGUUCGCCGACCUCACCAACUACGAGUUCAGGGCGACCAACACCAACAAGGGAUUCAUUCCGAGCACGGUGAGGGUUCCUACCGGAUUCAGGUACGAGAAUGUGAGCAUCGAUGCGCUGCCGGCGACCGUCGACUGGAGAACCAAGGGCGCCGUCACUCCCAUCAAGGACCAAGGCCAAUGUGGUUGCUGCUGGGCGUUCUCGGCCGUGGCAGCCAUGGAGGGCAUCGUCAAGCUGAGCACCGGCAAGCUGAUCUCGCUCUCCGAGCAGGAGCUCGUCGACUGCGACGUCCACGGCGAGGACCAGGGCUGCGAGGGCGGCCUCAUGGACGACGCCUUCAAGUUCAUCGUCAACAAUGGCGGCCUCACCACCGAGUCCAACUACCCGUACACGGCGGCGGACGGCAAGUGCAAGGGUGGGUCCGGCAGCGCGGCGGCGACCAUCAAGGGGUACGAGGACGUGCCGGCCAACGACGAGGCCGCGCUGAUGAAGGCGGUGGCGAGCCAGCCGGUGUCGGUGGCCGUCGACGGCGGCGACAUGACGUUCCAGUUCUACUCCGGCGGCGUGAUGAGCGGCUCGUGUGGCACCGACCUGGACCAUGGGAUCGUGGCCAUCGGCUAUGGCACCGCCGGCGAUGGCACCAAGUAUUGGCUGCUGAAGAACUCGUGGGGAACGACAUGGGGGGAGAAUGGCUUCCUGAGGAUGGAGAAGGACAUCUCCGACAAGAGGGGCAUGUGUGGCCUCGCCAUGGAGCCUUCCUACCCUACUGCGUAGGAAAAAAAAACCUGAAGCGUGAUGUGGACGAGAUUCAUACACAUGUAUAGGGAUUGGUGAAUAAUGUGUGUUGUUUCAUACUUGUCUGUAAAUUGUGUCCAAACUAUGUACUCCUAAUUUAU